UUUUACUCCAAGUUUGCAGCUGGACCGGUGAGCACGGGGUUCCGCAGUUUCGCGCUUCUUUUUUUCUGUUCGUACGAUCGCCAUCGUCGAUCGAGUCAUCAUCUAGUUAGUGAGUGCAGCAUGGUUCAAUUAACUAUCUGAACUUCACCCUUAUCUUCACACUCACCCCUUACACGAUGACGCUGCGCUAUUUUGGUGCGUAAAAAACAUUCCAUGUGGGAAGUCGUGGAGAAUACAACGGACGGAGAUCGCCAGUGCCAGUUGAGCGAUGGGUCUUGGGACACAGUUUUGCUGCCUGCUUGUUGGGUGCGUCAGUUUGACGGGAUAUCAGUAUUACAGACAGCUUACUUCGCCCUUACCGGUGCCAACGCUUCGACUCGACGAUUAUUGGGGACCCGGAAAUGGAGCAACCUAUCGGGAAGACACCACCAUACGUCCAUUCAACAUUUCCUACCCCGAAGCGGUGAUCCAAAAGCUUGCCCACAAGCUAACCGAUGUGCCCCAGCUAGCUCCACCGCUCGAGAAUGCCGGUGCAUUUGAGUAUGGGUUUAACGGUGAUCGUUUGCAAGAAAUUUUAAAAUACUGGCGUGAACAGUACCUUCCGAAAUGGGCAACCGAACGUGAACCGUACCUGAAUCGCUAUCCACAUUUUAAAACACAAAUCCAAGGUCUGGACAUUCAUUACAUCCAUGUUCGGCCGACUACUGGCGAAGCUGGUAGUGGGAAGCCAGUACUUCCGUUACUCCUUCUACACGGCUGGCCUGGUUCGGUACGGGAGUUCUACGACAUCAUUCCCCUGCUUACUGAACCGUCCGAGGAUAAGGAAUUUACAUUCGAAGUGAUCGUACCGAGCUUGCCCGGUUUUGGAUGGUCACAGGGCAGCGCAAGGGAAGGAAUGGGUGGUCAAAAGAUGGCGAUCGUUGUGAAGAACCUGAUGGAACGCAUCGGUCACAAACGGUUCUUCGUUCAUGGAGGUGAUUGGGGUGCACUCAUUACAGACAUGCUGGGGACGUACUUCCCAGAGAGCGUGUUCGGGCUACAUCAGUCUGGUUGUGGCGUAAUGGGAACGCUGGCUACUUGGAAAACCAUGAUCGCUAGCAUGGCACCAAGGAUGUUCUUGGAGGAACGUUACAUCCCAUACUAUUUUCCACUAAAACCCUACUUUAGCGAAAUACUACUAGAGUCUGGCUACAUGCACAUACAAGCCACCAAACCGGACACCAUCGGGGCAGCUCUGGUGGGUAAUCCGAUCGGAUUGGCGGCCUAUAUUCUGGAGAAGUUUUCCACCCAAACCAAUCGUGCCUUCCGUACCCUACCGGAUGGUGGUCUGCAGAGAGCCUUCAGUCUCGACGCUUUGCUGGACAAUGUUAUGAUCUACUAUCUGACCGAUAGCAUCACAACCUCGCAGAGACUGUACGCGGAAGCAUUCAGCAAGCGGGAACUAUUUGCCGGCGAGCUUGAGCAAAUUCCCAACACGGUACCGACGGCAUGUGCCAAGUUCAAGCAUGAUGUUCUACAUACGAUCGACUGGGCGCUGGAGGGUCACUAUAAGAAUCUCGUACAGAGCAAUCACUUCGACGAAGGUGGUCACUUUUCGGUGAUGCAGCUACCAGAUGUGGUGUAUCGUGAUAUAGUGCAGUUUGUUGGGAAGGUGCUUCAGCCGAAAUAAAUCUGACCAGAAAAAUCAACAAA